AUGUCGAGAGAUCUUUGCAUCUUCACUCGUCUGCAGUCGCUUGUCAUCCGUGACGGGAUGCAACAAGUGGUGGACAGCAAGCAGCUGGUGCCUGGAGACAUCGUGAUCCUCGUCACAGGCGACGUUGUGCCUGCUGACAUUCGGCUGUUCACUAGUGUCGAUCUCAAGUGUAACGAGAUGCUGCUGACGGGCGAAUCGGAGGAUGUCCCCAAGAAAUACAACGCUCCGAUCCACCCCGCUGGAGCCGGCAAACCUGCCAAGUUGACAGCGAGUAACAUGGUCUUCUCGUCCACGACGAUCACCGCCGGCAACGCUCGUGGUAUUGUAGUGGAGACUGGUAUGAACACGCGUGUGGGCUCCAUUGCAGCUCUACUACAAGCCAAGAGCGGCACGGAUGCGUCUGCAGAGAAGAAGUGGAUCCGUAACCCGCUUGGUGACUGCAUCGCCAAGCACCGUUCGAAGCUCACGCCUCUGCAGCGAGCUCUACACCACACUGGGUACGUCAUGGGCCUCAUCGCGGUGGGUGUGGCCAUCCUCGUGUUUAUCGUCGGUAUGAUCCGCGGCAAUGAAGAUCCUCGUCACCCGGACAGACCCACGUACUUGACUAUGAUUAUGGCUGCUGUGUCUGUGGCCGUGAGUGCUGUUCCCGAGGGUCUACCGAUGGUCGUGACUAUCUGUCUGUCGUCCGGUACGGCCGAGAUGGUCAAGAAGAAUGUGCUUGGGUUCACACCUGAAGGCUCUAUCCUCGCUUCGGACGGUAGCAGUCAAGGCGAACCGGAGGCCGGCAAUGUGCAAGUUCGCGCGACUUUGAUGGCCUCGGUGCUGUGCAGUAACACGCAACUCAAGCAAGUGGAAGGGGACGACGGCGAGACUCCACGUUGGCUUCCGUUUGGCAACUCGUCCGAGGCGCCUUUGGUCGUUGCAGCCGCUAAGGCAGGCAUCUGGGAAGAUAGUCUGCUGGAAGACUACCCUCGGCUAGUGGAAGUACCGUUCAGCUCAUCACGUAAGAUGAUGGUCACAGUGAACGCCCUACCUGUGGUGAAUGGCAUGGCGAUGUUCGAUACGUUGGCGCUUCCAGGUGACCAGCCGCCCAAGCUGGUGGCUAACGUGAAGGGCGCACCGAACUACAUUCUACGCAACUGCACCCAGUACGGCCGGAAGGAUGGCACGUUCGAGACGUUGAACAACGUGCAGCGUCAGGAGAUUCUCGAGGCGGUGGACGCGCUAUCGUCGCAGGCGCUGCGUGUUCUUGCUGUGGCUAUCCAGCCGAUGCACGAAUUGCCGUUCGGGGAAGACUGCGACGAUGUGGACGAGAAGUUUGAAGCCUUGUCCAAGCCGUUAGUGUUCCUCGGACUGGUGGCGUCUAUCGACCCGGAACGUGACGGCGUGCGCGAUGCCAUUGCCACUGCACGAGCUGCUUCCAUCCCGUACGACAAGAUCGAGAUCGUGAAAUCUCUUCAACGUCAAGGACUCAUCGCUGCUAUGACUGGAGAUGGUGUCAACGACGCACCGGCGUUGAAGGAGGCGGAUAUCGGUGUGGCCAUGGGGAUUUCAGGCACGGAAGUGGCCAAGGGAGCGUCCGACAUGAUCUUGAUGGACGACAACUUCUGCAGUAUCGUCACGGCUGUGGAGAAGGGCCGCGUCAUCUACGCCAACAUCCAGAAGUUUGUCAUGUUUUUGCUAUCCACGAACAUCGGAGAGAUCAUCCUGAUCUUCAUCUCGGUGGCUGGCGGGUUCCCGCUUCCUCUCGAGGCGCUGCACAUUCUGCUGCUCAACCUGUUCACGGACGGUAUGCCUGCUGUCGCUCUAAGCUUGGAGAAGGGCGACCCACACAUCAUGGCAGACAAACCACGUCACAAGCAGACUUCGCUGAUCCACGGUCGACUGUGGCUGCUCGUGCUCUUCAACGCGUUCCUGCUUCUCGCUGGAGCUAUGACCACUUUUCUCUUGGGACUGUACUGGAACUUCGGCGUGUUGCUGACGGACGACAUCUACAAUACUGGCGGCGGUCCAGAUGGGACGGACUUCACGGACGUGACGUGUCGUCGAUGGGAAGGCAUCGACGAUGGCUGGAAAGUGUACGGCAACUGUGCUGCUCAGUACUCGGACGGCUCGUACAUUUUCGGCGAGGAAGUGGCCGGUAUGACGUCGUAUGAGAACUCGACUGUUUACUGUGAAGGAGGCGACUACGACUGCGUCCCAGCGGGUCUGGGACGAGCUCAGACGAUGGUGUUCUUGGGUUUGGCCUUCACGGAGGUGCUGCGAGCCUACACGGUGCGUCACUUCACGGAGCCUGUGUUCGCACGGAUGUUGUCGAAUGGCUACAUGCAGUUGGCGGCGUGUAUGUCGGUGAUUUUGACGGUGCUCGUGAGCAACGUCCCUGUUAUCAUGGACGACAUCUUUGGAUUCGAGUACAUUCCGUGGUAUCAGUGGCUUGUGGUCGGAGCUGUUGCAGUCAACAACGCGUUCUGGGGUGAGAUCCUGAAGGCCUAUUUGCGACGGAAGGACCGGGCGCAGGCUCGCUGGGACCACAUGAAGAGCGGGUUCGAGGAGAUUUUGCUCGAGAUCCGGCAUGUGCGCCAUCAUGUUGAGAGGCUUGAAGCGGGUGGAGCUCAUCGUGGACUCAAGCGCGUCCUAGAUGCUGAAGUACAAAUCUCUGCCGUCUAG